UACCCAGAUGGAAUAUAAGAUGUUGUUCCUCCAACCUGAGCGAAUCCUCAUCGUGACAGUAGAGGAGGCCUUGGAUGGACAUGUCGGAAUGGGCAUGUGGAGUGGAAUUAAAAUGGGUGGCCGCUGGGAGACCCUGAUUUUCUGGCGGAUGGAGUGUAGGUGCUCAGCGAAGCGGUCUCCCAAUCUACGUCGGCUCUCACCAAUGUACAAGAAGCCACACAGGGAGCACCAGGUCCAACAGAUGACCCCAACGGACUGACCUUUGCUGACUCAAAAGUAUGGGAGCAUCCACUUCAGCACCAUCUAACAACGUGCAAGCAGCUUCAGCUACACCACAGGCAAAGUCCACGUUGUCAGAAUGCCCAAUGCAUCACGCCAAGAAGGAAGGUUGUCCAAUGCAUCAGGCAACUGCAGCAGCCACUUCAGAAGAAAAGAUAUCUUCCCCAGACCCAGUGCCAUCACAUCAAAACAGAGCAUAUGAGUACGUUGAGUGCCCCAUGAGAAGGGAUGAGAGAACAGAAACAGACCAAAUUGAUCCCAGUAAUAUGAUGCCACCGCCUAACCAGCAGCCUGCAUCAGAUCAGCCAUUCCCCCUCUCAGUCGUCAGAGAGGAGUCUUCCAUUCCUCGAUCUAAUUCAGAUAAGCGUUGGGUAUAUCCUUCUGAACAGAUGUUUUGGAAUGCAAUGCUUAGGAAGGGGUGGCGUUGGCGUAAUGAAGACAUUACAGCCAGUGAUAUGACAAAUAUCAUCAAGAUCCAUAAUCAGAAUAAUGAACAGGCCUGGAAUGAAAUACUCAAGUGGGAAGCACUCCAUGCCAAAGAAUGUCCCUGUGGGCCUUCACUAGUUCGCUUUGGAGGGAAAGCUAAAGAAUAUUCACCGAGAGCUCGAAUUCGUUCUUUAAUGGGGUAUGAGCUACCCUUUGACCGGCACGAUUGGAUUGUGAACCGUUGUGGAAAAGAAGUACGAUAUAUAAUUGAUUAUUAUGAUGGAGGCGAGGUUGACAAGUCAACUUACCAGUUCACUGCUUUGGAUGUGCGUCCAGCUCUGGAUUCCCUUGGUGCAGUGUGGGACAGAAUGAAAGUAGCAUGGUGGCGCUGGACUUCAUAAACUUUAAAUGAGUUGUAUUAUUUACUGCACAUGCACCUAUGCAAGCAUUUUGGAAAUUAAAAUGUAAUUAACUAUGAAAAAUGUCUAGACACAGUUGUACACACUCUGCACUAGCUUUGACUAGAUAUUUCUCAUUUGGAAGAUCAUCUACUUUACACGCUACUAUUUCUGUGCAUACAGCUGGUCAUUAUCCAUAUACUUUGCGUAUGGUUUACAAUUUUGCUGUAUUGAAUUCUACAUGUGAUGUUUGUAAUUGUUCAAGACAGGUUUAAAAACUCAUCUCAUUUACUAUGAAGUUAUUGAAAAAAAUGCUCCUGGGAAUUGCUAUUUAUGAGUAUUUCAAUUUUAGUUUCAAAAGUUAGACCUGAUGGCAUUUCAAUUUUUACUUUGAAUUUGAGGCUAGAUGGAAUACCAGGAAUAUUGUAGCUAUUUGAUUGUUCAUGUGAUUUACUUGAAAAUUGUUGUGUUGCCAGGGCUGAACCCAGUACUCUCUUGCCUUUGGUACUAAGCUAAAGCAUGAAACUUCCUGAUGGUAAUGGUUGAAUUUGCGUAAUUGUCCAUAUGUACCGAGGGCUGAUGCAUUGUGAGAAACAGAUUACAGCUACCACUUUUAGGUUUUCAGUGAAAGCUUCAGAAAGCCACUGGUCUGUCUUGUUACUUUUUUGGAGUAUCCUUAUCAUCUUUAUGCAGACAAACUUAUUAAUAUCUUUAAUCCAGAUUAUUCCUUUAAUGGUAGUUAAAUUGACUUGAUUACCUGUAAAGCUAUUUUCCACCUGACUCAUGUUCACCUGGUUCAUAUUUGACUCUAAUUUUUGAUAUUUUAGGAGAUGGGUCAGCUGUCAGUAUUCAUCAUAAGCACAAAACCAUUCAUAUCCACCGCAACUAUACCAACUUUCAUGUAGCUACCUGUAAUUAGUCCUUUGCAAACUUCCACUUUGUUUUUUUUUAUUUCCAUAGAUAAUGCCUGGCUUUCUGAGUUCCCAGCAAUUUGUGUGUGUGUUGUUCUGGAUUUUCAGCAUCUGCAGAAUCUCUUGUGUUUGAUGUGCUGCUCCACUGCAAAGUAUUCACUUCUGUUGAUGCUGCCUGACCUGAGUUCCUCCUGGAUUUUCUGUGUGUUACUCUAGAUUUCCAACAUCUGCAGAAUGUCCUGUGUUUAUAUUUGUUUCUCCAUAUGUAAUGUAUGCUCUAGCAAGAUGUUCCACACCAGUGACUUCAUUGUUGUCCUUUCUCUCCACCACAUUUGACAAAGCUGCCUCUUUAUCACACUUCUCUCACCCCGCCUUCCCUGUCAGAAUAAGGAUGGAGUUCCUCACCUUCCACUCUUCUAGUUUCCACAUUUGAUACGUCAUCCUUCAUAAUUUCUACCAGUUUAAACCAGAUUCCUUCAUCACAUACAUCUUCCCCAUCUCUCCAUUUUCAACUUUCUGGAGGGCUGAUAAUUCCUCCAUUUCUGCCAACUAGGCUUUUUGUUGGUGCUUUCUCAGGUAACUGUGGGAGAUGCAAUACCUGCCCUUGUGCCAGUCCCCAGCAUUCAUGGACUCAACUGUUCUCUUCUGCCUAUUUUCUAGUGUAGUGUAUUGGGCUUGGUUAAUGUGGUGCUCUCAGCAUUGAAGAAACCAAAUGCAGAUUUUGUGACCAUCAAAGAGUUCUGUUCAGUGUACAAGGGAUAAUCUAAGCUUCUAGUUUAUCUAUCUAGUUUUCCAUUUCAUUUUCACACUGGCCCUAUAUACUGUGUGCUUCCAGUUAACCAAGAAAAACAAUGCAUAUCUCAUCAGGCUAUCUUGCAGCUCCUGGUGUGGUAUUUCAUAUGAUUUGACUUGGAAGUCCAUUGAUAAGAGGUGAUGUUUAGGAGGAAUGGCACGUUUGGCAAUCAAAUAGCAUUGUACAGAAAUUAGAACAAUAUUAUAAUGUGGCAGCAAACACAUCCUCUUGAAAAAUGAACACUCACAACACACUGGAGGAACUCAGCAGGUCGGGCAGCAUC